ACAAAAUACGCCCAAUCCGCACUUCACACUUCACAGUACUCCACCAACUUUACCCUUCCUCCUCAGACAAAGGGACACAGGCACCUUUAUCUUUAUUUUGUGGUUCUUUAGGAGGGGGGAGAGAGGGAGGGAGGGAGAGAGAGAGAGAGAGAGAGAGAUGGAAAGAAAGGCCCUGGUGUUAUGCAGUGUUGUGGGUCUGUUGGGGCUAUUAUCAGUUGCUACAGGUUUUGGUGCAGAAGCAACAAGGAUUAAGGGUUCUGAGGUUCAGUUCACAUCUGCAACGCAAUGUACCUAUCCUCAGAGUCCAGCACUGGGUCUUGGUUUGACUGCAGCUGUGGCUCUUACUAUUGCUCAAGUAAUUAUUAAUGUUGCAACUGGGUGUGUUUGUUGCAAAAGAAGCCAACACAGUUCAAACUCAAAUUGGACAACAGCUUUUGUCUGCUUUGUUAUUUCCUGGUUCACAUUUGUAAUAGCAUUUCUUCUUUUGUUGACUGGUGCCGCCCUCAACAAUCAGCAUGGUGAAGAGACAAUGUACUUUGGCAAUUACUAUUGCUAUGUUGUAAAGCCUGGCGUCUUUGCAGGUGGUGCUGUCUUGGCCUUUGCAAGCGUGGCCCUUGGGAUUCUUUGUUAUCUCACCUUAAAUUCUGCCAAAGACAGUAACGAUCCAUGGCCAAAUCCUCCUCUUUCUAGUCAAAGUGGCAUAGCCAUGGGGCAGCCCCAGUUUGCACCACAAACUCAAGACCCUGUUUUUGUACACGAAGAUACAUAUAUAAGACGACAGUUCACUUAAUUGGUAAUUUCUCGGCCCACCCUUUGUAUUGUACUGCAAAUGUCUUAGAAAAUAUGCUGGUAUUGGGCUUCAAAGUUUAUCCUGACUGCAGCGCGCAUUGUUGAGAAGGGUGGGUUUUUUUGGGUUGCGUCCUGUUUCAUGUGCUUGCAGUGGUGUAAUAUUGACCUUUAUAUCUUGUAUUUUCAUGGGUUGACUGUCACAAAUUGUUCGUAUGUAUAUUUACCUUAUGGAAAGUGGGCCUCUAUGAUUUUGGUUCUCUA